AUGGAGGUUCCUAUCUUCUCUCCCCACGGUUAUACCGGCUAUGCGAAAAAGGUCUUUAGUGAAGACUGCUAUGUGUACGGCCCAACGACAGAGCAUUGCGAAAUUUUAUUAUCGAAUGUUGAUGAAGAUGUCUCGCUCCACAUCGAUGGAGGCACGCCCACCACGGUAUACGCCAAUGAUGUCGCUCUCUUGGAUAGCUGGAUGAUGACGCCUGUGUUAAUCUCGUCGUCAGGAUUUGUAACUAUCCGACGUGUUCAGGCUACCGGAGGCAAGGGCGCAGCGUCCUCCAGAGGCUCUGGUGUGUUGCCACCCGUUACCACUCGAGGAGGCAGUGGGAAUUACGGGGAGCUAUCGUUCCACUCCACUGCUACUUCACCGAUGGGGGUUGCCUCAUCACCGGUUGUGGCUCCUUCCUUGCCUCUCGGUGUCCUCGCCCCCAUGACGCCGGUUAUCACCUGCAGGGUGAGCACCAAGUGCUGGCCCAGGGUGUUUCCCCACGGAGAUAAUAACACCGAUGCGCAGCUCAUGCAGUAUUUUAGGGAAGCCGUGGUGGUUUCUGUGAAAACGAUGCGUCUACUUGGCGUGGAGGAGGGCUCCAUGGUUCAAGUUGAUUUUCACAGUGAAGCAUCAGUGCUGGCGGCGUCAAAGGUUGUCUUUUCACUGACCUCGGACUUCGUUGGUGAGGAGUUUUCCUUUGAAAGUUGCCUGCGCCACUUUAUUGCCCCCUUUUUUCUUCAACGAUGCCGUGCCAUCAGUGUCGGGGAAGAAUUUGAAUUCAAGAACCAUGAUUACGGCCAGCUGCACGUCACGGUGGUGGCUAUUGAAGACGGACUGUUGAAGUGUGGGCUAGUGCUAGAUUCCACGUGCAUUCGUCUGGUUGCUCAGCCCGAGGCACCGCCGAAGCUUCAAGGCCAUGGCAGCGGUCGCGUGUCAGAGAGCAGCACUCCACGAAUGCGUGUUCCCUCUGCUCGCAAGAGUUCGGGCUCUCUGAGGGGGUCUUCCUUGCCGCGGAACAGCCAUUCCCGUAUGUCAGAGGCAUCGCCUCGUCCAAAGCUUCCGCCUGGCGCGCGUUCCCCCACAUCCGGGAAGCCUCCCCCCAUCAUGGGAGGGCCACCACG